AUGUAUACUAGUGAGGGUCUUGUCAUAAAUACGCAGACAUUUGCUAGUAAUGUGACCUACACCACAUUCAACAAUAACCUUACAUGUAUAGGAGAUAACCGCGGUUAUGUCAAACCCACCGCGGCAGAUAUAUUCAGCUGUAGUAGUGGGCCAUUCGACAUCGAUGUAACGGACAAUGAUAUUCAUCAGCUAGUCGUACCGCGUCUCUGCGCUGCCUUUGUGAGAAGUUCACUACUACUAGAUAAUAUCCAACCCAGUUCAGAUUUAAUGGCCUACUACAGUGCGACCCCGACUAAUUAUUACAGCAAAUUUGUUCACGAUUACGAACCUGAUGGGAAAGGGUAUGCGUUCUCAUAUGAUGAUGUUUGUCAAUCCCAAUCUGGGCUUGUUACAUCUAAAACUCCAACCUCAUUGACUGUAACUAUUGGUUGA